AGAUGUGAAGUUUAUAUUUGUGCUUGAUCGUCGCUGCUUUAAGACUUGCUUCCAAGAUGUAUGCAAGUGAGAUUGUUACGUUUUUUGCAGCUUAUUCGCAAGCACAGAAAUACAGAACUACAAUGUAAUUGAACUCGUGUUUUGAGUUCAUGUCUCUUUUAUUUUGAAAAUAACAUUUGAAACGUCGGAGGGAAUUACGUUUCCUGCCCGGAGUUCUGGAACAUGUGUGCGACAGUACGUGGUCCGCUGAUGAAAUUGCCCGUCUGUGCUACAAUCGCUUCGACGAAUUACCAAAAAGAGGCAAGCCAGAGCCGGGACGAGAGUGGACGCUUCUGGCGGCGGUUGUGAAAGUGUCCGAAGCACCGUCACAGGGUCAACCUGGGCGAAAAGUCGAUGCUGCGUGGAGUAUGAUGAAUCUCUGAUUAGGUCACGGCUGUAAAUCGUAUGUGUGACACCUGCUCCUGCUCCACAGUUGAAAAGGAGGUGGUGUCCUUGGGGACGGGUACCAAAUGCAUUGGACAGUCAGCCAUGAGCCCCCGCGGUGAUGUGCUAAAUGACAGCCAUGCUGAGAUCAUCGCCAGGAGGGGCUUCGUCAGGUACCUAACAGAGGAGCUGAGGAGUGCGGUGGUUGGGGAGGGCAGCAGGGUGUUUUGCCCCGGAGACGAGCGGGGAAAAUGGCGGCUGCUGGACGGCGUCUCGUUCCUCUUCUUCACCAGCCACACCCCCUGUGGCGAUGCCUCCAUCAUCCCCAUGAUCGACAGCCAGUCGCAGCCCUGUCUACCAAUCGGGACGAUGGAGCGAGCCGACGGAACCAAUGAGGCGCCUGCAGUUACAGACGGGGGCGGGACCCUGAAACGGCAGACAGAGGGGGAGGAGGGCGGGGCCUGCAAACGCCCCCGGCUGGAUACCGAGGAAGAGGAGGAGGAGAAGAAGGAGGAGGCGGUCAGAGCGCCCGAGGGCCUCCUCUCUCCCGCCGAACGCGGCGCCGCGGACGCCGACGGCGCUAACGCUGGAGGCCCGGAGGAGCGGGCCCGGGACGUCCACAGGACGGGGGCCAAGUGCGUCCCGGGGGCCCGCUCGGACCCCCGGGAGGCGGGGCCGGGGUACCACAGCGUGGGGGCGCUGAGGGUGAAGCCGGGGCGGGGGGAGCCCACCCGCUCGCUCUCCUGCAGCGACAAGCUGGCGCGCUGGGCCGCGCUGGGCUGCCAGGGCGCGCUGCUCUCGCACUACCUGCAGGGGGCGAUCCGCUUCGGCGCCGUGGUCACGGGGAAGUGUCCCUACAGCCCGGCGGCCAUGGAGAGGGCGCUGAUCAGCAGGUGUGCGCAGGUAACGGGGCUGCCCGUCGGGUACGAGCUGCAGCCGCCGCAGCUGCUGCAGUCCGGUCUGGAGUUCGCGCACAGCCAGGCGCAGACGGAGCGCAGCCACCGGCAGGGCCAGGGCAGGGUCUCACCCUGCGGGGCAGCCAUCAGCUGGUGCGCCGUCACUGAUCAGCCACUAGAUGUCACUGCAAACGGCUACAAACAGGGCGUGACAAGGAAGGCUCUUGGCACAGACAAAUCCAGGUCUUUGAUCUGUAAGGCCGAGCUCUUCCGCUGCUUUCUGAACCUGCUGGCAGUCACCGCAGACUCCCAACUCCCACAGUCCCUGAGGGGUGAUGACAACGCAAAACACAAUGAGGACACAAUGGGAAGCGAUGCGUUAUCAUUCUCACUAAUACAGUUGUACAGGGGGAAGGAGCUGCAGACAUACGGGGACUACAAGCAGGCUGCGCAGACGUACCAGCAGGCCUGGCUGCAGCUGCGCACGCAGGCCUUCCCACUGUGGCUGCGCAGCCCUCGAGACCUGCUGCUGUUCCACUGAGCUGCCGUGCCCACGGACACGCUGCGUGUGAGUGUGUCUGUCUGUCUGUCUGUCUGUGUGUGUCACAUUUUUACUUGUAUGUGUGUGUGUCACAUCUGUACCUGUUUGUGGGGUCCUGUGUCUGUUCCUCCGGUAGCAACGGGCCUCAGAAGUUCUGCAUAGACAAGGUCUGAUAAAGUGUGGGUGUGUUUGUGCGUGUGAGUGUGAGUCUCUGCUUAAGUGUGUGUGUAUGUGUGAGAGGGAGUCUGUUAAAGUCUGGGUGUGCGUGUGUGUGCGUUGUCGUUUACCAAAACACCUUGUUCAACCUUCCACCGAUGUGUUCCCAAGAAUCUUAAAUAAAGACGCAAAAGAGAAACCAUUUUAAAUGUAUUUUUUAUUGGUUAGGUCAUCCAGCUACCUCACCUUUCAAAUAUUUUAACUUAAAAUCUUUGAAUAUAAUCUAAAAAAAAAAAAAAGAGAAAAGAAAGAAAAG